AUGUCUACUCCACUUCCUGUCGACCAAGCUCUUAUCGCCAUCCUCGCUCAACACGGACCGCGAUUCGAAGAAGUGUGCAAGCAUUCGCGAGAGUGCACUACGUUCCCCGCGAUCGACCAUGUCGCCGUGGUGUGCUUGGAGAAGGACCAUUUGUGUGUAAUGCGCGACGACGCUGCUUGCCGAAUGAAGCCCAGUCGCAUCCAGUCGACUCCAAGAACGACAGCUUAUAUGCUCCAAUGCGCGAAGAAACUCAGACGCCCUCCGAGGUUUGGCGGAUGGGUCUUCAUGGGAGCGUUGCGCAAGUUCUGGAGGGAGAGCAACAGGUUUCAUCCUACUCUAUCUCUGUUGAGGCCCAGCGACGCAUGGGAACAGGGGCGGACAGCACUGGUGGAGGCACAGGUUUAUGUCAUGGAUGGGUUCUUGCCCGUUUCUAUCCCCCUCAUUGGGGAGAUCGACACCGCUCGGUCGGAGAUAGUCAUCCCAGGGCCUUUCUCGCAGCCACUGCUUUGCCAGGUCAUCCGCGAUUUGAACUACUUCAAGAAUACGGAUGACGACGCCAUCACCAACCUCGACCUCUACGACCCGUCCCAGCAAACGUUCAACCCGUCGCUGACAGACCCGACGUUCCCCAUACGCCUGUCCCUUCCCCUUACCACCGUACCCAUCUUGAAGGAUUCGAACGUAAACAUGACCAUCCUCGUGAUAGAUCACGCAGCCGGGCGAAGAGGAAGAACGGAGCCUAUGUGCUCAAUGAAGCAUGACUUCAUGGAGCUAGACUGGGUCUGGCCGGUGGGUCUUCAAGACGGCCGCGAGUAUCUGCAGGGACAGUGGAGCGUCAUGCAGAUGCCGGAUCCCGUGGGUGUGGUUGCAGUGGGGCCACGACCUGGACAGGCCGGCAGUCAGAGUCGGACUGGGACAAAGUUGCAGGAACGGCAGAACGUGAGGAGAUGUUCUGGGGCUGAAAACGUGUUGAAGGCGCUCUUAGUCUCUCAAACACAUCCCAUUCGUCUGAAACUGCUUGACGAUCUCCAACAAAUCCCACCCGCUCUCUACCUAUUCCGUUCCACUAUGCCUACACCCCGCAAUGUCGACGAACGCGUCAUCAAGACUAUCAGCGAGGUUAUGGAGUUCGGAUUCGAGUACUACUGCGGCUCGUCAUCACCAUGCAGCCGCUCCCCCAACAUAGACCACGUCACGGUGAUCUGCAUGGAGCGGUUGCAUUUUGGGGAAUUGUACGAAUACUGUCUUCUGGGCGACGACUCUGGCUGCCCCAUGCGUUUUAGCCCUGUGCAAAUCGAGCCAGAUAAGGUUGAGAGAAUGAUGGAACUCACCCUCAAGCUGCGUGAUCCUCCCGCCAGGUUUGGCGGAUGGGUCUACAUGGGUGCAAUUCCGGACUUUUACGCGUGUGCGAGCGAGCGAGAGGGGGAGGGGCGGCUGGCGUCGGUAGAAGCACUGUUUUAUGUCGCAAACGGGAGAACCCCCAUUUCCAUCCCCCUCAUAGGGGAGAUAGACUCCACCGGGAUGGUCAUUGACAUACCCGGUCCCUCAACCCAGCCGCUCCUGAUCCAGGCUAUCCCUGGGCUAAACCGCUUCAAGGGGUCGCCCCACAAGCCCUGGGCGACGUUCGACCUCUACAGCCCAGCGUUGCAGACGUUUAUCCCUGCCUACAUGAAUGACCCGGACGAGCAUCCCAUCCGCAAGCUUCUUCCCCUCGACAGCAUCCCCGUUUUCAAGGAGUCGGAAAUUCAGAAAACAAUCAAUGUGCACGACUACACGACUGGAAAGGAACGGACGGCUCCCAUGUGCUCCAUGAAGUACGCUUUCAUGGGGCUCGACAUCAUCUGGCCGGAGGGCCUUAAAAAUCCCCGCCAGUAUGUGGAAGCGGCCUGGAGUGUUGUUCCACCGCCGCCCCAGUCUCCCAGGAUGGCAACUCGGCCUCGACCUGGAGAGGAGGGCUGCGUGGUGAGGUGGGGAGAACAGCUCAUACAGAAGCGCGGAGACAACGGGGGCAAGAACAGCGAGUUUGACUCCCACUCAGGGUCAGGGAUAGAGGACGAGGACGAGGCUGAUUCUGAGCCUGAGGAUGAACCGCUCUGGGAGCUCGAUUCUGAUGGAUACUGA